AAGGAGUGUAGGUGGUGAAAGAAUCAACAUGAGAGUUAUAAUUGCCGUUGUGGCGAUCUGUGCCUUGCUGCUUGAUACCCAAGCAGCUCCUGUUGCACCAGAGAAGCCUAGGUGUACGAAACAAAAUGUCGGGAUCCUUUACCCAGACUGUGCGGACAAUACGCUGUACUACUUGUGCACAGCAGAGGAGCAGUAUGUCCAUGUAGGCUGUAGGGAUUCCUUCUGGUUCAGCUUCGAUGAACAGAGAUGUGUGGAGCAGGGUGAGUGGACUAAGUCUGCUAUUUGCAGACACCACCCUGAGACCCAGGUGGCUCCUGAACAGGGACUGCCUCAUCAAUGGCCUCAGCCCCACCCAGAGACCGGUUGGCCUCAUCAGCCGCCUCAGCAGUUGCCGGAGCACCCUCAUCAACCGUGGCCUCAACCACCCCAGCAAUGGCCUGAGCCACCACAGCAGUGGCCUGAGCCCCAUCCACCCCAGCAUCCGGAACAGCCCUGGCCUCAGCCACCUCAACAUCCAGACUUUCCCAUAACCUGGCCGGAAGACGAGGCUCAGCACCUUCCUGAAUUCCCUUGUGAAGUACCCGUCCAGGACUGUCCCUGCCCCCCUGAGCCCCAGUGUCCCUGCCCCCCAGAACCACAAUGCCCACCAUGCAAUAACGACGAGGGUGUUCAUCUGCCAGAAGAUCCUUGCAACCCACCCCAGCCUCCACACUUCCCACCAAUUGAGCAUCCCCACGAGCCCUUUCCACCCCACCCUGUUCCACCCAUCGAGGAGUGGCCACAGCCACAACCUCAACCACCAAUUGCCGAGGUGCCACCAGAUUUUGCCCCACCACCAAUCACGGACCACCCUAUUGACAAUCCCUGCUUCUGCCCGUGAUUCCAUAUCUAUGCGGUAUAUUCGCGAAGUAUAGGUGUUAGGUGAAAAAAAUAAUAAUAGAGAACGGACAUCGGGGACACCACCCAAAUAUAAAUGCUGUGUGAGGAUAUGUAUGUGUUAAAUAAAGAUUUCUUACCCAA